AUAACAAAUAAAUUUGGCCGAAAAAAACCAUUGUUCAUCACGGCAUUUCCAACAAUUAUUAGUUGGAUAUUAGUUUUAAUUGCACCUAACGUAUACUAUCUGUACGCAUCGAGAUUAUUGGCGGGCUUCUUCGGUGGUGGUGUCUACGUGAUCGUUCCUCUCUAUCUCUCCGAGUUAUCAAACAAUCGAAUCCGAGGUGCUUUGAUCUCUUCUUUGGUGCUAAGUGAAAGUUUCGGCAUUGUGUUAGCCUUCAUUUUUGGACAUUAUUUUGAUUUUUAUACUCUGCCCAUAUUGGUCAUUUCACUGAUGUCCUUGUUUGCUUUCCUUUUAUACUUCUUUCCUGAAACUCCAACAUUUCUCGUCAAACAGCAUCGAAUUCUCCAAGCCGAAAAGUCCAUAAGAUUUUAUCAAAAUUUAAGCGAAGGAUAUAAGGAAGAUAAGCUAGUCAAAAUGGAAAUAAAUAAACUAACGAAUAAUGAAGAAGAAAGUAAGAAAAAGACCAUCAAAUGGUCAGAUUUGACGGCAAUACCCGUGCGAAGGGCGUUCACAAUUGGAAUUGUCUUAAUUGUACUGAAUGAGCUGAGCGGUUUUUUGGCAAUGUUGAACUACACUGCAAAUAUAUUCGAAGAUGCUGGCUCAGAUUUGCAUCCAAAUGUAUCGGCCAUUGUGAUUGGAGCGAUCCAACUAUUCGGCACAGCAAUUGCAAUGAAUCUAGUUGACCGAACUGGACGAAAGAUCUUAUUUGCAGUGUCAAAUAUUGGAACAGCAUUGGGAUUCAUUGUGUUGGGUGUAUACAUGAUGUUCAAGCUGAGAGAUUAUCCCGUUGAAGAUUUCAAUUGGAUUCCAGUCAUGAGUUUUUCAUUCAUCAGCCUUAUUGCAUCGUUGGGUAUUGUCAGCUUACCGUUGCUUGUUUUCUCCGAAGUUGUGCCUGAGAAAUUAAAGGAUUUUGGUGUAGCUGCUUAUUUGACACUUUCUUAUUUGGCCGCAUCCGUGUUAAUCAAAUAUUUACCAAUUAUAAUCGAUUCAGUAGGAUUUGAUAUGAGCAUGUUCCUGUUUGCCGGACUGUGUGUUGCUUGUGAAGUGUACAUCAUUUUUUCCGUGCCGGAAACAAAAGGAAAAAGUCACGAAGAUAUUAUAGAAGCAAUGACAGCUCACUAAAUAGCUUAAUCAAUGAUAUAAUUGUUAUAAAGAACUUGAAAGAUAAAUUCAUUGCCCACUUUUUCUUGGUGAUAAUCUCUUUUUGUACGUCACAACUUCUUAUCACAAUUUAUCUGAUAAAAAAUGAUGUGAUCAUGACCUUUAACAAUUAAGUGUACUGGUAUCAAUUGGAUUAAACACUCCUGGAGCGCUUGAAUCUGUCAUAUUAUUAUCAUUGUUAAAUCAUAUUUAUUAAAUUAAAUAGUAUUAUUACUAUUGAAGAUUUAAGUAUUUACAGAUACUCGUUUCUAACUUACAUGACACAAUUUCAUUUUCAAUUGGAUUAAAUCAUCUUCUAAAAUAUGAUUCGUAAUUAGAACUGUCAAAGAUGAUAAAUCAUUGUUUCAUACAUUUUUCACCUUAAACAGUUGCUUUAUACCAAGUGCAAAUACUAGUUGAAUGCAAACUCAAAUACCAAGUCGUAAUGUCGCCACGAGUUUCCAAGUUGUUUGUACGUCAAUGAUUUGGGCAGAGUUUGAAACAAUUUAUUUGGUAUUAAUUUGGUAUGUUAGUUCAAAAUUCCUUGAAAAAUCGAACUUUUGUUCGGGAGGUACCCAAAAUAGGCUCCCAGGAGGAUUUUAUCACUCCAACCCGAUUUAUUUCAUCAAAAUAAUAGGGGCCCAGGAACAACCUAGCACCCGCUAACCUACAUUUUUCGUAUCAAAUCGGUAUAAUAAUUCAAAAUUUCUUGCAUUUUUUUGUUCUUAAUUUUGUUAAAAAUCGUGCUUUUGUAUGAGAGUUUCAAAUCACUCCUUCGCUCAUUCAUGUGGCUCUAUAGAUUCGAAGGGCUGCCAUAUAAAUACAAUGUAAAAGAAAGACGCGUUAUGAUUUUGGUCAAGAAAAAUGUGGUUAUUUUAAGUUGUAUUUUUUUCAACUCGUCACAUUUUGUUCCAAUUUUUUCAGUAUUCAGACGACAAUAAAGACAAUCAGACGUUUUAUU